AUGAGGUUGGCACGUUACCACAGUGGGAUAGAGGAGUAUCAGCCAGGAGGUGGCGAUAUCUUUACUCUUUCCUACUUUAUAACGUUUCAUUUGUCUGUUGUUCUGUUUGUUUUUCAGAUCCUAGCAAUCAUCUCCAUCCUCUUCAUUGUUCUGUCCACCAUCGCCUUGUCUCUGAACACCCUCCCGGAGCUGCAGGACACCGAUGAGUUUGGUCACCCCACAGACAACCCGCAACUGGCUCACGUGGAAGCUGUGUGCAUCGCCUGGUUCACCAUGGAGUACCUGCUCCGCUUCCUCUCGUCCCCCAACAAGUGGAAGUUCUUCAAGGGUCCUCUGAACGUCAUUGACCUGCUGGCCAUCCUGCCGUACUAUGUCACCAUCUUCCUCACAGAAUCGAACAAGAGUGUCCUGCAGUUUCAGAACGUCCGCCGCGUGGUUCAGAUUUUCCGUAUCAUGAGGAUCUUGCGUAUUCUGAAGUUGGCGCGUCACUCGACGGGUCUUCAGUCUCUGGGCUUCACCCUGAGGAGAAGCUACAAUGAGCUGGGUCUGCUCAUCCUCUUCCUGGCCAUGGGCAUCAUGAUCUUCUCGAGUCUGGUGUUCUUUGCGGAAAAAGACGAAGAGGACACGAAGUUUAAAAGUAUUCCAGCUUCUUUUUGGUGGGCCACCAUUACCAUGACUACGGUGGGCUACGGCGACAUCUACCCUAAAACCUUACUGGGAAAGAUAGUCGGGGGUCUGUGCUGUAUUGCUGGAGUACUCGUGAUAGCUCUGCCUAUUCCUAUUAUUGUAAAUAACUUCUCUGAAUUCUAUAAAGAGCAGAAGAGGCAGGAGAAAGCCAUCAAGAGAAGGGAGGCCCUGGAGCGCGCAAAGAGAAACGGCAGCAUCGUCUCCAUGAACCUUAAAGAUGCGUUCGGCCGCAGCGCAGAACUCAUCGAUGUGAUGGUGGAAAAGUCCGACGACAAGAAGGACAAGCAGCACGAUAACCACGUGUCCCCCAGCAUAACAAAGGGGACACCCAAACUAAAGCCACAAAGUAGCUCCAACAGCCCCGUGAAGACUCCUGAGCAGGUAAAGCCCUGCAGCAGCCCGCAGCACCUCAGCGCGCAGAAACUGGAGGAGACGUACAACGAGAUGGCCAAGACUCAGUCACAGUCCGAGCUCAAGAACAAGGAGAAAGGCCCCCCGUCCAAAGUGGUCCGGCACGGAGCUGAAUUUGAGAUGGGAUACAUAGCACCUGACGCCAUACUGAGCACCGCAGAGAUAGUGACUGAUAUGAGGAGCAUGUCCAGCAUCGACAGCUUCCUCAGCUGCAGCGCCGAAGCUGCCGAGGGUUCUCGCUUUGCCCACACUCCCACAAGCAAUACCGCUGGUAGCGUCGCCACCAACCCUAGCCUGGAGAAUGAGCUUGAAACAUUUCAGGGAACUAAUUCACCUCACACGGGACGAGGCCUCAAGCUGGGUCCGUAUUCUGACAGCCCCAGGGGCUCGCGCUCCAGCAACCCCCACAAGAGGCACCUGCUGAAGGUCAGCUUCAGAGGGAGUGAGGAGCUGGCUGCAGCCGUCCUCUCCGACAGUUCAUCAGUCCAGAGCCCAGAGAUAUCCGUCUACACAACCGCCAGCAGCCGGACACCCACCAAGAGUCCAGAGAACUUACGCGCCGGCGUUUUCACCUUUCACGAUGCGUCCAUCAAUCGGUUCAUCGACGCUGACACGGAGGAGGAGGAAGAGCUGCACCUGCACGACGGCUCGGGCACCAACCCAUCUCAAAGACUCCUGGAGCGGUACCCCCUCAAUGUUGGCCAUCACUCCGGCUUCCAGCGGGGGUUCAACCACAAGGAGGGUUCCAGGAGGAAGCUGGGUAACAGCACUCUGCCCCUGGAGGGGCAGGAAAACCACGUGGCUCAGGAGCUUCAGCCGCUUCAGGGAGAAAAGAGACAACAUGAUGCUUAAAGGUUACAACCAGAGACAGAGCAGAGAGGAGACACACUUUUGGGUGGAAGGGUGGGGUGAACGAUACUGACCUUCACAUAUAGACGACGAGCACUGAAGACAUUUACGAAGAGAAAAGAAAAGCAGUAAGAUACAAGACACCUCCUCGGAAAAACUAACAGCAUUAGAUACAAACAAACCACCAUCAUCAGAAGAUCUGGUACAUUUUCUAAACAUGCAGUUAAACUUGAACAUUUUUUUUUAUGAGUCAAUAAGAUUUUUGAAUGUUUUCACUGUUGAAACAGAAGCAGGUUUAACUGCAGUGACGAGGAUUUAGUCAUUAGUGACAUCUAGUUGUGGGCCGGAUUUUGGGGGUUCACAGUUCAUAAGUGGGGCCCCGGGCCGUGACUUUGAGACCCUGUCUUAAACUAUUAUCAGGUAAUGUGCAUGUUUUUGGUCACCAAAAAAUUAAAAACAGAAACAAAAUGAAACGUUCAACAAAGGUUCCAGUGAAUUACUAAACCGAAGAACCUCAGAUUUAACUGCAUUUUUAGAAAACUGUACCAACUUUUCUGGGAAUCAGGCGAGUGAGAACAUCGUUGAUACGGAAUUCUGAUCAAAAAGGUUUUUAUAAACAACCGUCGCGGCCCAACAUCUGACCUUUGUAUGCAUUCAUUUCUGAAACCUAUAAACUGCACUUCCUCAUUUUAGCCUAUAACACCGUUACAGUUUCUGCAUAGAUGUUAUAAAGCCAGAAUAUAAUGUGUUUGUUUGUUUGUUUGUUUGUUUGAAUAAUUCAAAAAAAUAUUUUUAUAUUAUCCCGGUUCAAAGCCAAUAGCAGUUUUAAUGAGUAGCAAACCACACGGCGUGGACUUAGCACUGCAGACUCCAAACACACUCACAUACAGUUCCACUUUCAACCACUACACCGGGGGGGGGGGGAUAUUUAUUUUAAUAGUAGUUGUGAAUAUUAUAUUUAUCUUUAAAAAACGAUGGCAUUAAAAACCUGGUGAGAGUUUAUCUUUUACUUCCUUUAACUCCUACAAACUGGCCUUAGCUGAAGUCGUCUCCCAGGUUUUAGGAGACGGAGACGAGGAGCGCGUUUGUCCGUCGACGACACGUCGUGGCGACGUCUCGCUCCUUGAUAUUUUUCUACUGCACAGACAACACACGGCUGCAAGCGUCCACUCUUUCUCCUUUGUUCCUUGUGCUCGGAGAGAGAGAGAGAGAAAGAGAGAGACAGAGAGAGAGAGAGCGCACCUUAACUUAUUAGUACUUUAAAUACGAGCACCAGGAAGAAAGAAACUGAUUGAAUCUGUUCUUUAAUGUAUCGUGGUUGUUAGUUUUGUGUGUCUGUGUGUGUGUGUGUGUGUUGCUCAGAAUGAUAUAGUUUUUAAAGCGGGAAAAAAGGAAUGUUCAAAAUGAGUUUGUCGUUGUCGUCCAGUUAGUUGAACUAACCAGGUUUUUCUGUGUCUGAGGGAAUUAUCAAUG